AUGGCCGAAGUGUCAUGUUUAUUGGAAUUAGCAGCAUCGAUUGGAUUUUAUAUUGCAUGGAAAAUAUCAGAAAAAAAACUUCAUCGUAUAAAGUCUGCAACUGAUAUUAAUAUCGAUGAUUUAAAAAAAUUACCCUCAACAACCACAACGAUUGACUAUGCAGCAAUCACAGGUGUCAUACGGCAAGACGAUAAACAAUUAUUGCAAUCGGAUUAUAAACCAACAACAAUUGGGGGUGUUAUCCAACAUAUUUUGGUUGAAGAACACAAACGUGAAAAAACAACAUCUAUAACAGAAACAAAACAGACUGUACAAAAUUUUUUUCGACAAAUACCAUUUCGUUUGGUAUCUUUUAAAAAUAAUAAAUCUUAUGUUCGUAUUAACGAUCCAUUAAGUUUUGAGUGUAUUCGACGUGAAUUGGAGACGAUCUAUCAACAUUAUCAACCCAAAACUCUAUCAUCCCCAGAAACAAUUAUACAAACUCUGCAAGGUCAAUCAGUAGCAAUGACAUGCGGUAAGUACAGCUUGAUAUGAUUAUCAAAAUAAAAAGGUAAUAACAUUAGAUCUCUUUUUAAACAUCACGGGAGAAUGAAAAUAGUUAAAGAUUUCGAGAAAUAAAGAACACCUUAGUUUCUUAUAUGUACAGGCAAUAUUUCACAAUAUUUUCAACUAGAAUAAUUGAAUGAAUGAAGACAACAUCACUGUCUCAACAUUGAUUCUGGAGAUCACUAAGCGUGAAGAAUUCCCAAAAUAGCCUGGGGGUACUUCCGCACAGAUCCGCCCACUUUAUACACGACUUAAAGCCGGGAAGGUCUGAUUAUAUGCAAUUGAUAGUCCUACUAAAGGUAUGGAAAGACCACUGUCGGCCCAUGGA